ACAUCCAUUGGAUCCAUUGAUAUCAUCAUUCGGUUGUGUUACAAACGCGCAUUUUUUGAUACUAUUUUCAUUUUAUGGUUGAAUUUUUUCGAAUAUUUUUGAUAAUUUCGAGAAAAGUUCUUUUGCAAAAAGCGUUUCCCGAAUAUUUUCUAGCAAUUCAAUAUUUUUUUUUGGAAUGUUCGACAUUUUUCAACUGAUAAUCUGAAUCGAAUCACACAUCAAAAGAAAAAUACCAACAACAAAUUGAACACAAAGCAAUCAACUGACGUUGGCAAUUUUCUUAUAAAACUUGGCAUUUGUAUACAGUGUUUGUGUGUGUGUGUAUACAACUCCGAUAGAUGACACUUAUUUUAUCACAAUAACAUUUUGACAACCGGCUAUUUAUUUAUCUCCGUAAAAUAAACCAUUUUUUUUUGCAUAUACACAAAUUUCCAUCGAAAUAAACAAGUGGCAAACACUGAUUGUUAUCAUUUAUAUAUCGACAUUUCAUUAUAUAAAUUAUAUAAUUAGCAUAUAUAUAGAAAAUUAGUGAAUGUAUAGAAAAUGCAUCAAAUUCUGAAAAAUGUGAAUUAAAUCAACCUAAAGAAUCGAAUUUGGAUGGUUUCGGAAGUUUAAAUUAGUAUCACAAUGAAAGUGGCGCUCGCCAUUCUGGGCACAAUCCUUGGAUGCUGCGCCAAUGUCGUUAUUCUUGAAUAUAUGGUCAAGAUGGACCCUGGUUUGGGAAAUUUAGUAACUUUUGCCCAAUUCGCGUUCAUCGCAUUAGAGGGGUUCAUUUUCACAUCAAAAUUCGGAACAGAGCCACUUCGAAUCGGGUACCAAAAUUAUAUCAUUCUAGUCGUGAUGUUCUUUGUUGCUAGUGUAUGUAACAAUUACGCUUUAGAUUUCAAUAUUCCGAUGCCAUUGCAUAUGAUCUUUCGAGCGGGCUCGUUGAUCGCAAAUAUGGUAAUGGGAAUCGUAAUACUGCGGAAACGUUAUGAUUUCUCGAAAUAUUUAUCAGUGUUGAUGAUAACAUUGGGAAUUAUUGUCUGUACCUUUGUCUCUGGCAGCAGUAUUGAAAGCACUGCAAAUCCAAAUUUAGGAAGAGAGGAUACGAGCGGCUAUUCGGAGUUUUUUUGGUGGAUGUGUGGCCUUUCGUUGCUAACGCUAGCAUUGUUCCUUUCAGCCCGAAUGGGAAUUUAUGUGGAGGUUCUGUACAAAGUCCAUGGCAAGCAUCCACAAGAAGCGCUUUAUAUCACCCAUUUGUUGCCGUUGCCUGGAUUUCUAUUGCUGUACAACAAUAUUGCGGAGCAUAUGGCGAUAGCGAAUGCAAGUGAACCGGUUGCGAUUCCAGUCAUCGGUGUGUCAAUACCGAUUCUAUGGAUUUGCUUGUUUGCAAAUUGUUUAACACAAUAUCUGUGCAUCAGUUCAGUGUUUUUGCUAACAACGGAAUGCAGUUCACUGACCGUCACCCUAAUCAUCACACUACGCAAAUUCAUAUCACUGCUCUUCUCCAUUGUUUACUUCAAUAAUUCAUUCACCGUUUGCCAUUGGAUUGGCACGUUCUUGGUUUUCGUCGGCACAAUGAUUUUCACCGAAAUGCUACCGUUGCCGAUGUCGCAGAAAGCCAGCAAAUCCGCAGUUGCUGCGGGCGCUACAGACAAAUCGAAACAAAACUAGUCUGCGAAAGAGUCACAGAAUUAAUAUCCCAUUAAACGCUUUUUAUCAUUAUUUUCAAAAUGCUUGAAGAGUGAGCAACAUGGCAUUUACCUUAAUGAGUCAAAAAAUGUUCGCAAGAACGUCCCUUUAUCUAACAAGAAGAAUCUCGAACAACAAAAUGAAGAAGAAUCUCGUCUCUGAAACACAACCGGAUAGUCAAUUCUAUGUAUAUAGUAAGUCAUUAAUACUCGUUUGUUAAGUGAAUUUUUGUAACGGGCACAUGCAAAUAAAAGUGUAAAUGCUAUCGGA